AUGCUGGACGUACCGCGAGACGCCCUAUUGCGACCUCUGAGUCGCAGCGAGGUGCUGGGCUUGGUGGUCAGACUGACUAUCUUCGGGGCCGCCACGUAUUUCAGCAUUAAAUGGGUGGUGGAAGCACUGGACCCCACACACAAGCAAAAGCUGCAAGCCAAGAAAAAGGCAGAGCAGCUAAUGAAACAGAUCGGAGUGGAGGGGAUCAAGCUGAAUGAAUAUGAGAUGAAUAUUGCUGCACAUUUGAUGGAUACACAAUGCAUUAAGGUGACCUGGCGGGACAUUGCUGGGCUCGAUGAGGUCAUCGCCGAGUUGCAGGAUUCCGUCCUCCUGCCCUUUCAGAAGCGACACCUGUUUGCGGUCUCCAGAUUAUUUCAGCCCCCCAAAGGUGUACUUCUCUAUGGGCCCCCUGGCUGUGGGAAGACUUUGAUCGCCAAGGCAACAGCCAGAGCCUCAGGGUGCCAGUUCAUGAACUUACAGGCAUCCACAUUGACGGACAAGUGGUACGGCGAAUCACAGAAGCUGACUUCUGCUGUGUUCUCAUUGGCUAUGAAGAUCCAGCCCUGCAUCAUCUUCAUAGAUGAAAUAGACUCGUUCCUACGGAACCGCUCCAGUCUGGACCAUGAGGCUACUGCCAUGAUGAAGGCUCAGUUCAUGAGCCUAUGGGAUGGUCUGGACACCAGCACAGACUGCCAGGUCAUGGUCAUGGGCGCUUCAAACAGGCCUCAGGACAUAGACCCUGCCAUACUGCGAAGGAUGCCUGCCACCUUUCACAUCGGCCUGCCGAACCAACGUCAACGUCAUGACAUCCUAAAGUUGAUCCUAGCUGGAGAGAAUCUCAGCAAUACUGUUAACCUAAGGGAAAUCGCAGAGAGGACAGAGGGAUUCUCGGGCAGCGACCUGCGGGAGCUGUGCCGCGACGCCGCUUUGUACCGCGUCCGCGACUACGUCCGCAAGCAGCAGAUGAAGCAGAUUGCCCGGCAGCUGCAGGAGUGUGACACCGAUGACGGACCAGUGAAUGAGGACCGUCUGAGACCAGUGACUCAGCUGGAUCUUCUCUUUGGCCUGGACAAGAUGAAAGAGUCCAAGCAUGCGGAGUCGUCCCAAAGCAGUCUGACAGAGAUGCCCCUGGACUAGAAUCCCUUCCCUAGUCUCUUGUCUCGCACCCAUGUCUUGGAGUCUUAAUGCCAUAGAUGAAGGGGUAUCUGUCCCACCAGCCACACCCAGGCCUUCUGGAGUCUGCAAGGCAGCUGUCUGUCUUUCUGUCUCUCUGCUUGUCUUUCUUCCUGUCAGUCCGUGUGUGUCUGUCUAUUUGUCAUCCUUCCUGUUUUCCUUUCUCAGUCCUGGGUCCAUAACGUUUUGUUAUGGAAAAGAACAGAGUCCUCAGAUUUAGGGGUAAUCCAUUGUCCCUUCCAAAUAAAUGAACAUGUGUACAUCUUGUCCCAAUAAAUGAAAAAUAGUGACCUGCAUGCCUUAGAAAUGGAGUCCUGUAGAGCUUGUAUUUAUAUUUUAAACACUAGGUUGGCCAUUUAUUUUAGUAGAUGCCAUCAGCAGUUGCUUUAGAUGUGCACUAAGGUCUUUUUUUAUCAGACACACUCUUACUACCAUCACUAGAAUGUUUUAUUGGGAACGCUAGUGAGUUGUUCCUUUUCAUUUCCACUUAUCCUCUGCAUUCUUACUGAAAUGUUAAAGCUCAGGCUUGUAUGAGUCAUUUUCAGAUGGACAUAAUCAGAAACAUUGGCUGUGUGUCUCCAUAGAGACCUGUUCACGUGGUCAAAUGCCUGUCCUUAUCAAUUUUAAUCUGGAAACGGGAAGUAAGGUGAUUAUGAAUGUCGUCACCAUAGUUUAGUGCCUGAAAUGGCUUUUUUGAUGUGUAAUAUGACUCAUUAGGUUUAAAUUGUAUUGUAAUAGUGAUAAUAAGUCAUCACCUGCAGUUCAUGGUAGUGAAUUUAUUUUGCAAUAUAAAGGAUUUUAAACGUUUCCUGGUUUCUAUGUUACCACUAGAGGCCACUACUGUUCCAUUUUCAACUUUUAUUUGGAGGGGGGGAAAAUGUGCCGUUUCCCUUGUAUUAAUUAUAUUUUUAAAAGUAUCAAAUGUAAGCUCAUAUUAAAAAUAAUGAACUGAGUUCAACAAAAAAAUUAUAAUUUAUAAUCAGUCCUGACCAGCUUAAUUUCCCAUGUACAUUAACGUGUACAUUUUAGGUUGGUCCUGAAUUACUGUGAAGACAGUAAAGCCAAUAGUCAGUGCUGAACAAAUGAAAGAUAUUGAAAAUGUACACACUUUCCAAAGCCGUGACCCUGGUAAGAUCAAGGGGGACAGGGAGCUCUGAUUGUUAAAGAGGACAUUCCUCCAUUUCCUCUUACAAUAUCUUGAGGCACUUUAAGUUUACAAAAUAGCAUCAGCAAAGUCCUUAUGUACAGAAAUUAAAAUGUAACAAAUUUAAUCUAUAAUCAUUUAUAUCCUCAAUCACCGCACUAUACUUAACAUUUGCUUGGUAACCUCAUACAGUCAGAGAGAUAUUAUGCAGGCACAGCAUGAUGAAAAAUUUCAGAAUUGUUUUGUGAGCUUAUUCCUGUUUGGAACAGAUUAAUACAGCCAUGUAAGUUUCUUGGUUUAGUUUCCUCUUUGUUCUAUACUCUUUGUUGCUGCCCUCAGUCACCAUAGCAUCCCACACAGUAAUGCUCAAAAACCACCUUCUAAACAUCUCAUUAAAUUAGCUAGCUAGCUAAAGAACCUAAAGCUGAACCGUCUGUUACCGCAAUGAAUGAAAAGCAUUCUAUUUGCUUCCUCUUCACCCGACAGAAAAAAACAAAUUAACCUACAUUUUCAGCUCCCCUGUGUCUAUUCUGCAUGCACUGGGAGUGUCCGUUUCUUCAUGACUAUUCAUAGAUAAACAGAUAAGUGACGGUUAGCUCGUUAGCAAGCGACACCUUUCGGUUGGCAUUAACAUGGCGUUCUGCAGAGUGGCUCGGUCUCGCUCCAGUAACAAAAAGGCAGCAGCCCAACACGGAAACCAAAUCAUUAAAGUGUUUUCUCAUUUAAGUAGUACUCAAAAUAAUUUCCCAUUUGUUUACUUCGCUAACUGUUGCAGCAGCUUUCUGAGUUGUAUGAGAACUAAGGAGCUAAGUAUGAGAAAACAGAACGACAACAAUCAAUGCUUGGCUGCAAAACAAGUAACCUAGAAAAAGCUUGUGUUGACGUUAACGUACGUUAUUUUGGUCCAACUGAUGCAUGUACCAUAGACUUUCACACUCAGUUUUGGAACCAGAAAUUCACACAAUGAUGAGUGGAAAUAAAUGGUUUCCCAAAGAUAUUUAUGAAAAUUGUUAAAAACCCCAACAAAUAAUUUUUAUAAGCCCAGGCAGUGAAAUCUUAUUUGUUGCUUUUUUAGUGCACCAACUUGAAGUUUGCUUUCUUUUCAAGGUUAAUUUCUGUCAGUAUAGUGCAAAUUCAGCUAGUGUAGCGGAAUAAUAGGACAUUUUCUUUGAUAAAUAUCCUGGGACACAAAGGCCAUUAAUUGCAUACUAUUUGUUUGGCAGGCUAUUUUUGUUUGCAUUAAAACUGAACGUGACCCGGUGUUGAGGUCAGGGAAAGUAGAGCUGCGAUCAUCAGAUAGAGAGUAUAUAGGUUUGACCCCAGUGGUACAGACAUCCAUUUUGAUCUGUGUUACUGGUCCAGAAUGUUUACACCUAAAACCCCAUGAACUCUCAGCUGUUUAUGACAGCUUUCACCUUGUUGAUCAUUAUAUUUUUGGUUAAUUUCUUUUACAAAGAUAAUGAGUGUAAUUCCCCAACACUGUAUAUGAUAUUUACCAUAACAGGAGUCUGGUGGUUACUGCCAUACUGUUUUAUGUAAGUAAAAUGUGUUAGAAAUAGAGUUUAUGUAUAUGUUGGUUUGAGAAGCUUGAAAUGAAUAAGUUAAAAACAUAACCAUG